ACGUUUUAGUAAUAAUUAAAAGUGUAAUUUUCUUAACAGUUAAAAUAGCUUUCACCCGCGGCUUUGCCCGCGUGAAUUUCGGUUUGUCGGAGAAAGACAUCGUUUCGACCUGGUAUUAAAAUACCUGGGUAAUUAUGAAAAAGUGACAGACGUAAUUACUUUUGUACUUAUAAUAUUAGUGAGGAUUCUGUUUUUUUUUUAUCCUCCGGCUGUAGUUCACUCAAUUGACGCAGUCGGUAGGACAUUCGAGUCAGUGCACGCCGCGUAAGUCUAGCAUUCAAAUAUCGUUUCCUGAUUAGGCCACGAAGCUUGUAUCUGGUAUCCAGGACCUACAGGAGCUGCAGUAUACAUUUAAAAUUGAAUCCGGCUAUCAAUUCGUCAACAAAAAGCAAUGCUGUGUCGAGAAACUACUAUGUGGCAGUUGGUACUCAUGAUCGCAGGGCUCGCGCUGGUCUGGGCCUACACCCGCUGGGCGCGCGUCAAGCGCUUCUGGGCCGAGCUUGGCGUGCCGCACCUCCGUGCGCAUCCCCUGUAUGGCAGCCUUGACUUCUUACAUCACGAAAACCCGGCAGUAUGGAUGCGAAGACUCUACGACCGCAAAUCUCCUUACACUGGCAUUUGGCUAUUCUGGAGACCAGCUCUGAUCAUCAAUUCACCGGAGAUAGCCCGCAGAGUCUUGGUCAAAGAUUCAGACUACUUCAGAGACAGAUUUCUGGGCACGGGGACGACGAAGGGAGAUCCUAUUGGAGGUCUCAGUCUAGUCCUUGCUAACGACCCACUGUGGUCGUCACUUAGACGCCAUGUGACACCCGUGUUCACGUCAGCAAAGCUGAAGGGCAUGCACACCCUCAACCUAGUCAAGUCAAAGGAGCUGGUGCAGAGAAUCGACAGGGAGUUGGCGCAAAAGAAGGACAUCGAAAUAAGAUCUGUCUACUCUGAUUUUACUACAGACAUAACCAGCAUCUUCGGCUUUGGAGUGGACAGCAACGCCACGCUCACUGGCGAGGGCUUGAUGAGGACCAUCACCCUGAACUUUAUGGAGUACGACUUGUUUAGAUCUUUCAGCUGGUACAGCAUUUUUUUCUUCCCUACGCUCGUGAAUAUCUUUAGAUUCAAAUUAUUCCCAAGGCACACUACCCGCUACUUCAAGAAAAUGUUCCGCAGUCUGUUGGCGCAACGCGGCGGGUACGCCGGGACCGAGCACCACGACCUGUUCGGCGCGCUCCUGAAGAUGAAGCACCAGGCUGACUUGAAGGGAGAAGCAAUGGAUGAAAAUCUAGUCCUAGCACAAGCUUUGACAUUCGUUCAGGCUGGAUUCGAUACCUCGGCGGUGAUGCUCACUUACAUUACAUAUGAACUAGCCUUCCAGCCAGAGAUACAGGACAAACUGUAUAAUGAGCUGUUGGAGGCGAGACAACGUAACGACGGCAAUGAUUUGGAUGGAAAUAUUCUCUCUGAACUAACCUACAUGAAUUGUGUCAUUAAUGGUAUCUUUCAAAGUAAUCAUGUAUUACACAUUAUGUAAUUUGAAAAAAAGCGCUUCGCAAAUAUCCGGCGAUGGGCUGGCUGGACCGCCUCGCAAGC